AUAUACAGGGCAUUGACUCACAUUGAUUUCCUGUGCGUGGGUGUUACCUUCUAGGUUAAUUCUUUUUGUGGAUUUUCUUAACCCUCUGGCCCCAGGGAUUUCAUAGAACAGGUUGUGAACCUAUUGUUACUUACUAGUAUUAUUGCACUCAAGACUCUUAUUAUCACAUGGUUAACAGGGCGUUAGGCUGGCAGACAGCUCCAGGGAGGAUGAUGGUAAAUUUGACAGCCUGUGGUUGCUCCCACUCUACAGAGCCUCCUGUGCGGAUCAUAUAUCCCCGGGAUGAGGUGACCUUAAUCGCCGUGAGCUUGGAGUGUGUGGUGCUGAUGUGUGAGCUCUCUCAAGAGGACGCUCCCGUGCGCUGGUACAAGGAUGGGCUGGAAGUGGAGGAGAGUGAGGCUCUGGUGCUGGAGAGUGAUGGGCCCCGUCGCCGUUUGGUGUUACCUGCUGCUCAGCCUGAGGAUGGGGGCGAGUUUGUGUGUGACGCUGGAGAUGACUCGGCUUUCUUCACUGUCACUGUCACAGCCCCGCCAGAGAGGAUUGUGCACCCCGCAGCCCGCUCUCUAGAUCUGCAGUUCAGGGCUCCAGGGCGCGUAGAGCUGCGCUGUGAGGUGGCCCCAGCUGGGUCUCAGGUGUGCUGGUACAAGGAUGGGCUGGAGGUAGAGGCAUCAGAUGCCCUGCAGCUGGGAGCUGAGGGGCCUACCCGCACCCUCACCCUGCCCCAUGCCCAGCCUGAGGAUGCUGGGGAAUAUGUGUGCGAGACCCGUGAUGAGGCUGUCACCUUUAACGUCAGCUUGGCUGAGACCCCAGUGCAGUUUCUUAUGCCAGAGAGAGCCCCUAGUCCACUGUGUGUGGCCCCUGGGGAGCCUGUGGUGCUGAGCUGUGAGCUGUCCCGGGCGAGCGCCCCUGUGUUCUGGAGCCACAAUGGGGAGCCUGUGCAGGAUGGUGAGGGCCUGGAGCUCCAAGCUGAGGGCCCCCGCCGCAUCUUGUGUAUCCGGGCUGCAGACCCAGGACACGCUGGCCUCUACACCUGCCAGGCGGGGGCAGCCCCAGGGUCCCCAAGCCUCAGCUUCACCGUCCAGGUGACUGAGCCCCCUGUGAGGGUGGUGGCCCCCGAGGCAGCCCAGACGAGGGUUCGGAGCACCCCAGGCGGGGACCUAGAGCUGGUGGUGCACCUCUCCGGGCCAGGGGCCCCUGUGCGCUGGUACAAGGACGGGGAGCGCCUGGCAAGCCAGGGGCGGGUGCAGCUGGAGCCGGCCGGGGCCAGGCAGGUGCUGCGGGUGCGGGGGGCACGGAGCGGGGACGCUGGGGAAUACCUGUGCGACAUGCCCCAGGACAGCCGCAUCUUCAUCGUCAGUGUGGAAGAGCUACCACCGGUGAAGCUGAUCUCUGAGCUGACACCCUUGACUGUUCACGAGGGCGACGAUGCUACAUUCCGGUGUGAGGUUUCACCACCAGAUGCGGAUGUCACUUGGCUGCGCAAUGGGGCUGUUGUCACUCCAGGGCCCCAGCUGGAGAUGGCCCAGAAUGGUUCAAGCCACACUCUGACCAUACGAGGUUGCCAGCUCCAGGACACAGGGACCGUAACUGCCAGGGCAGGGGGCACAUCCACAAGUGCCCGGCUCCAUGUUCGAGAGACAGAGCUGCUGUUCCUGCGACGCCUUCAGGACAUGCGUGCCGAGGAAGGCCAAGAUGUGUGCCUUGAAGUGGAAACAGGCCGAGUGGGCACGGCAGGGGCUGUGCGCUGGAUGCGAGGUGGGGAACCCCUACCUCUUGACUCUCGCCUGACCAUGGCCCAGGAUGGCCACAUCCACCGCCUCUCCAUCCAUGGUGUCAUCCUGGCCGACCAGGGCACCUACGGCUGUGAAAGCCACCACGAUCGUACCCUGGCCAGGCUCAGCGUAAGGCCACGGCAAUUGAAGGCACUGCGGCCUCUGGAAGAUGUGACCAUCAGCGAAGGGGGCAGCGCCACCUUCCAGCUGGAGCUGUCCCAGGAGGGUGUGACUGGGGAAUGGGCCCAGGGUGGAGUCCGGUUGCAGCCAGGGCCCAAGUGCCACAUUCACGCGGAGGGCCACACACACCGCCUGGAGCUCAGUGGCCUGGGCCUGGCCGACUCAGGCUGCAUCUCCUUCACAGCGGAUUCUCUGCGCUGCGCUGCCAGGCUCUCUGUGAGAGAGGUCCCAGUGACCAUUGUGCGGGGGCCACAGAACCUAGAGGUGACUGAGGGUGACACAGCUACGUUGGAGUGCGAGCUUUCCCAGGCCUUGGCUGAUGUUACCUGGGAGAAGGACGGGCGCGAGCUCACUCCCAGCCCGCGGCUCCGGCUCCAGGCUCUCGGCACGCGCCGUCUUCUCCAGUUGCGGCGCUGCUGCUCCUCGGACGCCGGGACCUACAGCUGCGCAGUAGGGACGACCCGUGCCGGGCCGGUCCGCCUGACCGUGCGCGAGCGCGCGGUGUCAGUGCUCUGCGAGCUCCAGUCUGUGCAAGCCCGCGAAGGCGACAGCGCCAGAUUCGAGUGCACUGUGUCGGAGACCGAGAUCACUGGGCGCUGGGAGCUCGGAGGACGCCCCCUGAGAGCCGGAGGACGGGUCCGCAUCCGACAGGAAGGGAAGAAACACAUUCUCGUGCUGAGCUCGCUGCUAGCUGAGGACGCUGGUGAAGUCCGCUUCCAGGCGGGACCCGCCCAGUCCUUGGCUCGGCUGGAGGUGGAGGCAUUGCCUCUACAGAUGUGCCGCCGCCCGCCUCGAGAGAAGACGGUUCUGGCUGGCCGCAGAGCCGUGUUGGAGGUGACCGUGUCCCGCUCCGGGAGCCACGUGUGCUGGUUAUGGGAGGGGGUUGAGCUGUGCCCUGGGGGGAAGUAUGAGAUGCGCAGCCACGGUCCCACUCACAGCCUGGUCAUCCAUGAUGUGCAACCUGAGGACCAGGGCUCCUAUUGCUGCCAGGCGGGCCAGGACAGCGCCCACACACAGCUGCUGGUAGAAGGUGACUAGGAGGACUGAACCAGGCGAGGCGGGUGUCCUCCCAACAAUGUGGAAGGCAUGUGCCCUUCUCCUGGGCAGGGUAGAGAGACAGGAACCACAGAUGUCAGGAAAUAAUAAAAUGCUACUGCUCAUCUCCUUGCUUAUCUGUGUGCCAUGGGAGGACAAACAUUGCCUGGAACCCCUGCAGUAGGUAACAUAGGGGCUGGAGACUGCAGAGCUUCCAGCUGACUUGUGGACAUGCCAGCCACCGAAGACCACCACGCCCGGCAAAUCCCACACAGUUUGGCACAUUUAUAAAAGAUGUAAAACAGGGUGUGGGGGGACAGAAGCAUGAGGUGUCCAGAGUGGCAUGAUGGACACCAA